GCUGGGUCGAGCAUUGCAGGUGGGAACGAGACUUUCACCCACACAUGCAGUGCCCCUAGUGAUUUUCAUGUGGUUGAGGCUGGUAACAUGGUGAUCUCCAUUCAAGUUUUGAAGAAUGUGACAAAUAAUUUUAGUGAGGAAAACGUGCUCGGAAGAUGUGGUUUCGGUACAGUUUACAAAGGGGAAUUACAUGAUGGGAUGAAGAUUGCAGUGAAAAGGAUGGAGUCUGGUGUUUUGACUGAGAAGGUUUGGCCGAGUUCAAGUCCGAGAUUGCGGUUCUUACUAAGGUUCGUCAUCGCAACUUGGUGGCACUCCUUGGAUAUUGCUUGGAUGGAAAUGAGAGGCUUCUUGUUUAUGAAUACAUGCCUCAAGGGACCCUUAGCAGGCACCUAUUCAACUGGGAGGAUGAAGGGUUGCAACCACUUGAAUGGAUGAGACGACUUACAAUCGCACUCGAUGUGGCUCAAGGUGUCGAGUAUCUACAUGGUCUAGCACAACAGAGUUUCAUUCAUCGAGAUCUUAAGCCAUCUAAUAUUCUUCUUGGAGAUGAUAUGCGUGCCAAAGUUGCAGAUUUUGGCUUGGUUCGUCUAGCUCCUGUUGAUGGUAAACAGUCUAUCGAAACAAGACUGGCAGGAACAUUUGGAUAUUUGGCACCAGAGUACGCAGUCACCGGACGAGUGACCACGAAGGUGGACGUCUUUAGCUUCGGUGUGAUCCUCAUGGAAUUGAUCUCAGGCCGAAAGGCACUUGACGAAACUCAGCCCGAGGAGAGUUUGCAUCUUGUGACAUGGUUCCGUAGGAUGUACAUAAACAAUGACACAUUCCGAAAAGCCAUUGACGAAACCAUUCAGCUCGAUGAGGAAACACUUGCAAGCAUUAGCACAGUGUCAGAGUUGGCUGGCCACUGUUGUGCAAGGGAGCCCCACCAAAGACCGGACAUGAGUCAUGUUGUCAACGUGUUAUCAUCACUAGCAGAGGUCUGGAAACCUGCCGAACCCGAUUCAGAUGAUGUAUAUGGCAUAGAACUUGAAUUGACUUUACCACAAGCGUUGAAAAAAUGGCAAGCAUUCGAAGGAAACAGCAAUCUGGAUGACUCAUCAUCAUUUCUGACCAGUACAGACUCUACACAGACCAGCAUCCCGUGCCGGCCAUCCGGGUUUGCGGAUUCAUUCGCAUCCGCAGAUGCUCGAUAA